UAAUAUCAAAAUUAUAAAAUAGAUUUUAUUUAGUUUUUAACUUUUGCUCAACUUUUUAUUCUUUUUAUUCUUAUACUUGCAAACAUCUGGGCCUAUUCAUUGUUGCUAAUAAAAGCUGUUAGUGAAUGAAAGGUUACUACCGGGUGUUUGUACAAUGUUUAAAGCGCUAAAUAAGUUUGUUUUUAUUUCAACGGGUGUGUUGCCAACUUUUCACCAAAUCCCGCCCUGCCUCAGGAUCCAACCAACUGCUCCAACCUCUUGCCCCUUAUGAGGCCAAAUCCUCAUUUAUUAAAUCUAAUAGUAAAAACCUAUGACAUGAUAAAUUCUGAAAUUGAAAACCUUCGCAUGUGAGGGUAUUUGUUUUUAGCCCCAUAUAUUUAAAUGUAACUACAAUUUGGCCAACAACAUGCCAAAUAAAUACAGGCUUAGCUUAUUUGGAGAAUUAUUUCAUAACCACACUUUAAAACCUAACAGCACAUCUUAAUAAAAGAAGUAAGUUAACAACUUAAACUUGUAAAAAGUUGGAUUAACUCAUUCCCAUGAAUUUAACUUAACUCUAAAAUGUAUUAUUGAAGUAAUAACUUGUUUUGAGAGCACUCUAAUUUUCUGGAGCAGUUUAAGUGUUGGUGGUAUAAUUCUAGUUUGUUCCACUGACUCUGAUUCUUUGAGUUGACAUAAAUGUAAGCCCUGCUGACAAAACUUAAAAAAUGUUGUUUUCAUUUCAGCUCAUACAUGAUUAUAUUGUGAACAAGUAAACAAAAGAAUGCAUAUAUUUAAAAAAAAAUGUCACAAUGUAUUAUCGUAUGGUAAACUAUAUUACAAAACAUGGGGAGCAAAAUGAAAUAUCCAAGGAAUGUUUUUUUGGGGGGGGGGCGUCAGAAUUUCUUAACAUCUUUAAGUGGCAGUUCUAUAAAGCUCCCGGACUGUGAUCAUCUGUGUGGUUUUUGCAUACCGUCCUCCUCAUACCGUUGUUUGCCGUGACCUGCAGGUCAGGUCCCACCUCGGGAUUGGGCAGAGACAGUUGACGCGUUGCCCUCCGGAGCUGCUCAUAUGCUGGAGGCGGUCAGACCCCCACAGAGCUGAGAGCCACAGAGAGAGAGCGGACACAGGACGGACCACCGGAGGAGCUCCUUUGCCUGCAGACACGAUGAAGUCUUCCCCCUGGGGCCUGCUGUGCUGCGCCUCCCUGCUGCUGUCCGACGUGCUGGGCACGUACCACCUCGGUGCCGGGGAUCCUCAGCUCUUGGCAGCACAGAGCUUCGCUCAGACCAGAAGCAAUGGUCGACCCCCGCUCAGGACCCUGAAUCCAGCAAUUCACAGAAGUGAUUACACGUAUAGAGGAGGGUAUCACUACCACUACCAGCCGCCGAGGAUCCCUCCACCGGUAGUGUAUCAACCUGUUCCUCUUCCUCCGCCGGUGACUUACCACAGACACUCGGUCCCCGUGCCGCCCUAUCACCACCGGUUCUCAGGGCCGGUGGCGCCGCAUAUGCACCACGCAUACAAGGGUCUAUCUCCACCUGUAGUUCACCAUCCUCACCAAUGGGUCAAAGGCCCGUUUCCAUACAAAUUCAAAGGUCCGUGCCCAACGAGGUCAGAGCCCUCGGUGCCAACAACAGCUGUGGUUCACCUCCCUACCGCCGUCCCAUCGCUGCCAGAGCCAACACUGCUCCCAACUCCGCCAGCGACCACAGCGGCACCGCCGACAACCACCAUGCCGGUGGCGGUGACCACGGUGCCGCCGGCGGAGACCAGCGCUCCUGUGACGCUACCGGUCAGUACCCAAAGCGGCCUCAUCACCACCGUCAGUCCUGUGGAGACAGAGACAGACUCUCCGUGCAAGAGCCGCCACCUGGACCUGGUCUUCAUCAUCGACAGCUCCCGCAGCGUGCGUCCCGGUGAGUUUGAGAAGGUCAAGAUCUUCCUGGCCGACAUGGUCGACACCCUGGGCGUGGGCUCGGACGCCACCAGGGUGGCGGUCGUCAACUACGCCAGCACCGUCAAGCUUGAGUUCCUGCUCGGGGACCACUUCAACAAACCCGACAUGAAGAAAGCCAUCUCCCGCAUCGAGCCCCUGGCGGCUGGCACCAUGACCGGCCUCGCCAUCAAGACCGCGGUGACCGAGGCCUUCACCGAGCAGUCGGGAGCCCGGCCUCGCUCCAGGAACAUCGCCAAGGUGGCCAUCAUUGUGACAGACGGGAGGCCUCAGGACCAGGUGGAGGAGGUGUCGGCCGCGGCCCGGGCCUCGGGCAUCGAGAUCUACGCCGUCGGGGUGGACCGCGCCGACAUGCGCUCCCUGCAGCUGAUGGCCAGCGUCCCCCUGGAUGACCACGUGUUCUACGUGGAGACGUACGGUGUCAUCGAGAAGCUCACCUCCAAGUUCAGGGAGACGCUGUGCGGUCUGGACCCCUGCACCACGGGACAUGAGUGCGAACACAUUUGUGUCAACAGCAACGCCUCCUAUCACUGCAAGUGCCGGAAUGGCUACAUCUUGAAUGCGGACAAGAAGACGUGUGCCCUGAAACAGGUGAAGGUGGAGGUGGUGGAGGAUCCCUGCAAAUGUGAAGCCAGACUGGCUUUCCAGAAGCAGACGCAGGCGGCCGUCCAGCAGCUCACAGCCAAGCUGGCCGAUGUGUCGGGCAGAAUCGAGCGUCUGGAGAACAUGGUCGGCCGUGCUUGAGGCUGGACACAGCGCAGCAGAGCCGAGGACGAGUCCAACAUCUGCUUCCUGACGUCCACCGCCCCGUGACGACUCCGACCACAGAUCGAGUGAAGUUGUGAUUCAUAAACCGCUAUCCCUCCCAGUAACCGACUGCUGUGGACUGUCAAGCAACAAUAUCUACAGCUGCUCUGGGAUUUUUAUAGAACAAUUAAUGCAAUGUAUUGAAACUGCUGUAGAAGCAACAUAUACUUUUUUUUUUCUCGUAACACCAAUAUGAACAUGCUGUGAUGCUAAAUGACCACAGAAAGUGUGUAUUAUUUUUAUUGUCUAUCAUGUACUGUAUCAUGUAUGUUUUAUUUUGUCUUGUGUGCAUAUUGUACAUAGUAGUUAGUUGUUAAAAUGUCUACUUGGAUUCAAGUAGUGAUUCAAAUUUAAUAGAAAAAUGACUUGACUGUAUCCUCCAAGGCGAAUACUUUCUUACAUUAGGUAUCAUUUUGCAUGUUUUCUUUGUUAUGUACUCGGUUGGAACAUUUAUAUACAUGUUUAUGAAUGCAAUAAGAUGAUGAGUAUAAAUAUAAUUAAACAGACAACUUGGACAGUAAAACAAUCAUGCAGUGAGUUUGGUGUGAACGUCUUUGUCUUUAAGAUAAAUUUACUAGAGAGGAAUACUGUCAGUGUUAUGUGUGCGAGUACACAUACUGAAAAAAUUAAAUCGCUUACCAUCUUCAAUCGAUAACACAAAUGAAUUAAGUUUGUUCAACUUAAAGUUUUCAAUUGUUUCAAAGUCUUGUGCAUUAUAUAAACUGACAUCAGUUAAAUAAAAGAAAAGAGAUAAAUUAAAAUACCAAA